AUGCCACUACCAAGAAGUCUCGGAUCUGAUGGAGAAGUGGUUAGACAUAAAACUACCUCAAACUAUUUGGGUUGGACAGAAAGGAAACCACGUGGAUUUCAUGAUAAAUUCGAUCAUACCUCUUUACCCGGUGGUGAGGCGACGCGCUCAUAUGAAACUUAUGUUAAAGGGAUUUUCACUCCCGGACGUGUCAAGGACGAAGAGCAAAGGAAACGGGAUCACGGAGUGUCUGCGCAAUCGAUGAUGCGAAUGGAGAGAGCUUAUGGCAGAUAUGCUCUUGAUUCUUACGAGGAUGAGGAUUUACUGAUGAAAACCCCGCUCGAGCGAAUGUACAUCGAGUUGGGAUUGCAGAGUCCAGAGGUGCAUGAGAGUCUCGACUUUCCCCGUUAUCAUCCAAAAACCAGCUACGAGUGGGUGAGGGAAAAGUUCUCGGCACGAAAUCGGCCCCGACCCUGGGAUCCAGUACUUCCCUCGGAAAUGCUUCAGAUGCCGACAAACAUUCGCCACUACUCGCUUUUCCGUGAAGGGAAUGAAGAUGAGUGGAGAAAGAAUAACAAACAAUCGCUCAUCGAUUACAAGGAUUUCAAGAGCUCUCCUCUUUCACCGUAUCUCUACAGAGAGCACCCAUACAUUCGAAGCCAAGACACGCGAAUUGUCGGCUCGAAUUUUGUUCAAGUCACCACGAGACCAAAGGACAGAUUCCUUGAGAAAGUCGACCAAACAUUGGCCGAGGUGCGAGCGAUGCCGCGAUUUGGA